CACAGGGCAUCAUUUCAGCCACAUGAUUUGUCAGCACAAAACCCAUGUAUAUUCAAUCCUCCAUUAUGAUGAAACCAAAAUUCUCAGGGCUUUGUGGUCCAAAAUGUGACUAGCCGAGAGAGAUCAAAUGGUACUGGAAGACGUUGAAAAUGGCAAGCAUGAAAAUACAGGGGAGAGAUGGGGGGCAAAAGGGUGAGAGAAGAGAGGGUGGCGUGCUUUAGCGGCAGAGAAAAAGCUCCUUUUAAGAGUGACUCUGACUCUGAGCCACCCUGUGAAACACAGUCCCCUACUUCCUAUACACAAACCUCACUACACACUACGCAUACACAAGCCCUGUUUUUUCCAUUUUCCAUUUUCCUUUUUUUUUUUUUUUUUUUUUGUUUGUGUUACUUUUGUUUGUUGGGUCUUUGGCCUUCUGCAAGAUUCAGAGCUAGGAGAGACAACUGUGUCGGAGCCUUAGAGGAGGGUCGAAGGGGCAUUGAGAUUUGCGCCAAAAGAGAGAAAGGAAGAUCUUGAGCGGAUCAGGAUGAUUUAAAGCAAAGGCGGCGACAAUUUAUGAGCUUUUUAGAGAGAGAGAGAGAGAAAAAGAGGGGUUUUCGUGCUCGAAGUUUCUCUCUCGUUUUUCUCUUUCUACAAGCGUCAUCUACGUCAUCAUUGAGCCUCGGAGUCAAUGGGUAAAGCUCCAAGAUCGAGGCGGGGGUAUAAUGGGAGAGUCUGUCUCGGUCCGGUGUUUGUCACGGUCUAGUGGAAAGCGUGGAGUUCUUAGGUAGAGGAAGUCGCGUAAGAACGCCAUUUCUGGACUGGGGGGGUUUUUGGUUCCUUCAUCUGGGUUUUUCCCAGAAUCCGCCAUUUUAGAGAGAGAAAGUUGGGGGUUGGGUGUGGGCAGCUUCGCUGGAAACAGAGAGGUUGGUUUUGUGUGAUUUGGGGCACUUCCGAGAGGUAUUUUGGGGUGGGCAAAAUGAAGUUUAUGAAAUUGGGUUCGAAGCCUGAUGCAUUUCAAGCGGAAGGGAAAGCUGUCAGAUAUGUGUCAUCUGAAUUGGCAACGGAUGUCAUCAUCAAUGUUGGUGAAGUGAAGUUUUACCUUCACAAGUUCCCUCUCUUGUCCAAGAGCAAUUGUCUGCAGAAACUUGUGUUGAAGGCCAAUGAGGAGAAUGAUGACGAAAUUCAUGUUGUUGAUUUUCCUGGUGGGCCAAAAGCCUUUGAAAUUUGUGCAAAGUUCUGCUAUGGAAUGACUGUUACUCUCAAUGCAUAUAAUGUUGUGGCUGCUCGUUGCGCGGCUGAGUACCUCGAGAUGACUGAGGAUGUUGAUCGAGGAAACCUAAUAUUUAAAAUUGAGGUAUUUCUCAACUCGAGUAUUUUUCGUAGCUGGAAAGAUUCCAUUAUUGUUCUCCAAACCACCAAAUCUCUUCUGCCAUGGUCUGAGGAUCUGAAGAUUGUUGGAAGAUGCAUAGAUUCCAUUGCAUCUAAAACCUCUGUGGAUCCUACGAAUAUCACCUGGUCCUACACAUAUAACCGGAAAUUAGCAGAACCUGAUAGGAUCAUUGAGGAUGGAGUGAAGUUUCCGGAAAAAAUGGAAUCUGUUCCAAAGGAUUGGUGGGUUGAAGACAUAUGUGAGCUGGAGAUCGAUCUUUACAAGCGAGUAAUGAUCACUAUCAAAUCAAAAGGAAGAAUGGAUGGUACUGUGAUUGGGGAGGCACUGAAAACUUAUGCAAUUAGAUGGUUGCCAGAUUCUGUCGACGCAUUGGUUUCUGAUGCUCAUGCCUGGAGGAACAAAUCUUUGGUAGAAACAAUCGUUUGCUUAUUGCCAUCUGACAAAGGUUUGGGUUGUUCGUGUAGUUUCUUGCUGAAACUGUUGAAAGUCGCAAUUUUAGUUGGAGCAGACGAGUCAUCGAGGAAAGAUUUGGUGAAUAAGAUCAGCCUAAAGCUGCAUGAAGCUUCUGUAAAAGAUUUACUGAUCCCAGCUCGGUCUCCCCAAAUUACUAUAUAUGAUAUUGAGUUGGUGCAAUGCAUUGUGAAUCGAUUUUUGAUGAAUGAAAAGUGUAAUAGGGAUAUGGAUGUUGAGAAGAAUGAGAAGGGGACUGAUAAUUUUGUCUUGGAACUUGGAUCCUUGUUGAAUGUUGGUAAACUGAUUGAUGGAUAUCUUGCGGAAAUUGCACGCGAUCGAAACCUCACACUCUCUAGCUUCAUUGACUUAUCACAGAUGAUUCCUGAGUCGGGGAGACCAAUUCAUGAUGGAUUAUACAAGGCUAUUGACAUCUACCUGAAGGAGCAUCCUAGUUUAACAAAAGCUGAAAGGAAGAAGUUAUGUGAACUUAUGGAUGUCAAGAAACUGUCAAUGGAUUCAUCCAUGCAUGCUGCACAGAAUGAGCGCCUCCCACUUCGGGUUGUUGUCCAAGUUCUCUUUUUUGAGCAGGUUAAAGCAACUGCUGGUGUUCGGUCCCUUAGCAACAACAACAAUUCUGGCGAUGCUUCACGUUCCACGACAAAUACAGAUGAAGAAUGUGAGAUGACAAUAGCUGAAAAUUGCAGGACCCUCAAGAAGCAGAUGAGUCAAAUGAGGAUAAAAGGCAAUGAGCCCCGGAAGAACGGGAAAUUGGCUAAGAAGAACAGCAAAAACAGCCGAAGCGGCCUGCAGUUGCUGCCAUCCCGGUCUAGGCGAAUAUUUGAUAAACUGUGGGCAGUGGGUAAAGGGCACGGAGACAACCGAAGCUCCGAGACAUCUGGGAGUUCUCAGAGCCCAACUUCAUUGGUUCCUGGAGACACCAAAUCCUCAGCUUCAGCUUCAAGACACAGGAGGCAUUCCAUCUCCUAGAAUGGAAUUUGGGGAUUCAUUUAGAUCCAAACAAGUGAAGGAGAUUUCAAAAAAGUGUAAAAAGUGGUAGGUUUUUGUUAUAGCUUAUUAUGGGUUUCAACUGUUUAGCUGCAAAAUAUUCUGAAAAUGGUGUACUGCAGAAAAAAGAAUGAAGAAAAGUAAUGAGCCUUUUGGGUUAUUCCUAACAUAUGUUGGCUCCAAACUGUAAGAUUUAUCCAUCCUAUAAAAGUCCACGUAGGUCAAAUGGAGUAGGGCUCUUAAUGCUUUAUUGAUGCUUGAUGUUCUCCUUGUAUGAGAUCUUGAUUCCUUAAAUUAAAGGUAAUGAUUCAAGAUUUUCCU